AUGGCUGAAAUGCACACUCUGCAUUCUUCUCUGAAGAGACUGUUAUCUUUCUUCAGUGGCUUCAUAGUUGUAAGUGUAAAAAUUGUUUUGGGGUGCCUGGGUGGCAAAUUCAGAGGAGCUGUCCUGACAAGGGUCCUUGGGCUGUCCUCUGCAUACCUCGUUCAUGUUGGCUACCUGUGCCUGGCAAUAGGCUGCAUCACAGUGCUGCUCGGCUUCAGCUUCACUGGGUGGUAGGGAGCAACCAGAGAAAGCAGGGCACUCUUGUAUGUUCAAGAAGUGGCCUUGGAGCACAUCUUCGUGACGCUAAGGAAGAAUUACAGAGGUUACAAUGACCCAGAUGACUAUUCAGAAUGGAGCUUAGCCAUGGAGAAGCUAAAGUGCUGUGGGGUAAAAAACUACACGGAUUUUUGUGGCUCCUCCUUUGAAAUGACAACUGGUCCCUCCCACCCCAGGAGCUGCCAUAAAUCAUCAGCGAUGGCCUGUGAUGGGUGCAACGUGUCCACAGACAUAAUUCAUCCUCAGGGCUGUUUCCCCAAGCUCUUGAAAAUAACCAAGACUCAGAGCUAACUGGGCACAGCAGUGAUACAGCUGCCAGGAAUUCUUGCCACUUUGCUGCUGUUCAUCAAACUAGGCUGA